GUACAGUAAUCAUAAAUCCGCAACCCAAAGGUCCCGGCGUCUAACUUGUUUUACAUAGAAAGCAUCGUAGAUCAGGAGUUAUGUCCAGUGAGGGUUCCUUCCCGCUCUCACUUCCAACAACUGACCCGCUACUGACUAUCACACACCCUCAACAAGAUAUUUGGAUAAUCGAGCUGCAUGGUGGGCAGGAUUCCCGCCUGACAACGCGAAUGAUCGAUGAGGCUUUGCGGCCUGCGUUGGAUGUGGUAGAGCACAACUGGUGCGCUAUGCGUGAUAAACAAGCAAAUGACGGUGUAGAUGAGGGAGGUGGCGCUCUUAUCAUCGUUGGAAGGAGAGAUCAAGACAAAUUCUUCAGCAAUGGAUUUGACUACGAGACUGUGAAGGGAAAUUUAUCCUUUUUAAAUGAGACUGUGAACCCUUUAUUCGCACGUCUUCUCACUUACCCAAUUCCUACUAUAGCAGCAAUCAAUGGCCAUGCAUUCGCUGCUGGGAUGAUGCUCUCCCUUGUUUGCGAUUACCGGGUCAUGACUGACGGCAGCAGGCGAAGGGCGUGGAUGUGCAUGAACGAGAUUCACUUUGGCGCACGGUGGCCCCUGACUUUCACUGCAGUUCUCAAUGCAAAAGUCGGCUCUCCAGUUAUACGUAGACGAGUUGCGCUGGAGGGGCAUCGCUUUACGCCUUCGGAAGCUCUGGAAGCAGGGAUAGUCGAUCGCCUUGCGAAUUUGACUGGCACAAGUGUGGAGAGCGGAACCGAUAAAGUCCUGGCAGAGGCAAUGAAACUGGCGAACGAAGUCAAGAUAUUAGCGAGCCGGGGUGUUUGGAGUGCAAUAAACGCGUGCCUAUACAAAGAUUGUCUGGAGGUCCUAUAUUCUGGUGUUCAGGCUCAUAUCUCACCGAACAGAGAAACAAAGCUGUGAUGUCAUUCCGUACCCACAAUUAAUAUGAUGUGACUGCUUGGCAAUGACCCACAGGAAGAAAUUAAUUGAUGUCGAUGAUGAGAUUGUAGGAUGCUGGAUGCAGGCCGAUACUUAGGUGGGCAUAAAAACAAUAUCUUCAAGUGUCCUGACGUCCAUCAAGCUGUGAACACAAGCCAUGUCUGCGACUUGUGCUAUGAUAUGAUGGUCUGACACAAUUCUCUUGUAUUCUCUGCUGCGCUGUUGCGCUAGCAAGAAUACAUUAAAGGACUGUCGAAGGCGAACAGUCGAUCGCAACACUAGCUCACUCGAUUCUGAAUCAACCGGCAGCCAGGGAGGAGAAUAUCGUGACAGAGACCUGGGGGCAGACCAAUAAUCUUCCAUGCUCGCAUCAUCUGCGAAGUCAGGUAGCUUGAGAAGACGACGAUUCCAAGGACGGACUCUGUCCUUGGAAUCGUCGUCUUCUCCAAGC